UUAAUAAUCAAACAUAACAGUUGGCGUUGAAUCAUAUAUUUGGUUUCAACAAAUGUCCUAUUUUAUUUAUUUAGAACCUAACUCAUUUACUUGCAACUUGUUGAAGCAUUUUUUUACAGUACAGGCCACAUAGGCACCAAUGCUGUCGGCAGUUUUAUGGAUGAUUAGGCCUACAUUUUACAUCUCACAUGUGGGCUAUAUUACAGGCCCAUAGCCAACCUAGACAUAUUUGUUAAGUAGCUCAUGGACCACAGCCACAGGUACGUAAGGCAACUCCGAACACUGGAUGUAUUUAGUUGAAUAUUCAUAUUUAUUUGAUGUUUAGAAUAGUUAAAAAAAAAUAAGUGUGUGCAGAACAUCUCACACUGUCCUCGUUAUUUUGUCCUAUAGAGCGCUUCCUCCCUCUUAUCCUCAUCCAUCCAGCCCUGCACUUUUCCCUAGAAUGGUAUGCCCCGGCAUGAGCCUAUUGAGCCUGCUGAUGCGAUAUGUCUCCUCUGUACACCCUGGACGCUCAUAUUAUUUUUGUCGGCAGCACUCUGCAAAGCCUCGAAUGUGGAUUGGACGAAGAUGUAGGAUACAUCUCUAAAAUGAGGCUAUACAAGUAUAGUAUAUGUUAUAUAAUGUAGACUAGUCACGGUAUAUUUUUUGAAUUAGCCUACAGUUGUUUUGUGUGCCUGGCUACAUUGGAUUACCUGGAGUAGCUAGAAUCAUCGGUCGCGCCCUUGUGGGCUUUCACUGUCUAUCCUAUUCAUAGGGGGUGAGUAUCAAAAUGAGGGAUGCUGAAGGAGUCGUUUUCGGACAAGAUGCGGACAGAAUGGUUGGGGCAGUGCUUCGUAGGAUGCUGAGGCUUUUCGAUGGUGGAUUCUUGUGGAUGGGAAAUGCUCCCUAAUCUUCCCUGCCCUACUCCUCCCUCUCCUGAAAACCCCAAUCCCUCCAUCUCUUGUUCUCACUUUCUCCAUCACUCCAUCACUCUCUGGUCACCAUGACGUCCACGCUGCAAACGCUGGGGCUCAAACUGGCCCAGCCCCCUCAGGACCUAAACCCUGAGCGGUUGGACGGCUGCGAGGAGACGGGCCGGCGCUAUAAAGUGGUUCCAUCCGUCGUGUGCUCCAUGUGUUGCCUCUUCGGCAUCAUCUACUGCUUCUUUGGGUACCGUUGUUUCAAGGCGGUGAUGUUCCUGACGGGCCUGAUGUUCGGCUCCAUCGUCAUCUUCAUGUUGUGUUAUAAGGAGCGCGUCCUGGACACCCAGCUCAGUGUUGAGGCCUCUGUGGGCAUCGGCCUGGGCAUCGGCACCCUCUGCGGCCUGGUCACCAUGCUGGUUCGCUCCGUGGGUCUCUUCAUGGUGGGUCUCCUCCUGGGCCUCUUGGUGGCUGUGGCUACCCUGGUGGGCAUGGAAGAGCUGUCGAACAGCCCCCCGAGGUCAGUCUGGGUCCCCCUGGGGGUGCUGCUCGGCCUGGGCAUGCUGUUCGCCGUUCUCACCCUCCAAUGGCAGCGUUUCUUCACCACCGUGUCCACGGCCGUGUUCGGGGCAGCGGUGAUCACUGUGGCGCUGGACUACUUUGUGGAGCUGUUUGCCCUGGUGCUGUACCUGUAUGAGAGGGUGAAAGCGGCGCCCAGAGGGAGACCGGUCUGCUGGAUCACCUGGGUGGUGCUGGGGGUGUGGCCUGUUCUGACGCUCCUGGGGGUGCUAAUACAGUGGAAGGUGACAGCAGAGGGAUACUCCCACACCAAGGUGAUAAUCAGUCGUCAGCAGCGGCGGGUCCAGCUGAUGCGUAUCCGUCAAAAGGAGGAGCGGAGGGACCGCAGCAGGAAGAAGAAGAAUAAGCAACAGAGAGACUCCACCCACAGCUCUCACCCUCCCAAACCCCUGCACCCCGAGCCCGCCUAUCGCAGGAAACCCAACCCUAUACGACGCUUUGACGGGGACGUCCUAUCGCCUAGUUACAUCCAGAGUUUCCGGGACAGGCAGGUGGAGGCUAGGCCGUAUCCUGGAGGGGGCAGACUGAUGGGGGGAGGAGGGGCUCACACCAGUGUGGAUGUGGACUAUGACUGUGGCUCCACCACGCCCCUCACUGCGGCUGCAGGCCCCUUACUACGAGUCUGAACACUCCCCUAACCACUGGUCCGACCACACCCCCAAAAACCUGUACAGCAGUAUGAAUCUGGCAGCCACAUCACACCCCCAAAAGGUGUGACCACACCCGCAACCCACCUGUGCUGCAGUAUUGUUCCGACCACACCCUUAAACGGUGUGACCACACCCCUGUAGGCCUGUAUUGCAGUAUAGGUCUGACUGACCACUCCCCCACCACAAUGCUGGAGCCAAUCAGAGUAUGUGAAUAGUAAAGGCCUGAGCUCCUUUUUCUGUUUCACACCAGCCACAUGCAUGAAAAUACUGUACACACAUCCACAAACACUGCAGUGGAACUGGAUCUGGUGAAAAGAGAGAGAAAUACAGGGCCUCUAACUGGAUGGACAGAUAACCGUUACCCGAGGCUUCUCUCUCCAGCCAGCCUCCAUCAGGACACAGUUUAAAGAAGCAUGGCUCAGGUUUCGAACGAGGCAUCGUUUUACCAUGGACACCGGAUUACAAUCCUCUCUCUUCAGGAUUUUAAAAAGAUUUUAAUUAAAGUGUGUCUAUAACUUGGCAGUCUUAAUUCUUCAAAUCAUUCUCUGUCGUCAACAGGCAGUUCCUUUGUACUGCAUUUCUACGGUUCCAUCCUUCUAUGGAGUUGGGACCUUCUGAUGAGAACUGACUAGUAAUACACACCCCUGCUCUGUGCCAUGCCAGCCCGACAACAGAUCACCUCCUGGGAAGGAGAAGAAUAUGUGUCUUUUAAGAGGAAGCAUUAUGCGUUCUUGGUGCUGGACGAUAUCCGUCUUUGGAAAGCAGUUUGAACUCCCCCUUCUUUAACUGAAGUUGGGAGAUCCGGUGGAUUUAUGGGUGCCUUGUGAUUGCCCUUACUUGGACUGUACCAUUCACCGGUGGGAUAGGGGUUAUUGGCAGUGGUUACUGACUGAGAGAUGUGAGAGACUAUAUGAUAACAUGAUAUAUUAUUAUAGUGACAGACAACAAAGUUGUUGCGAUAGGAAUGAGGGUAGGCCUAUGUCUAGCAGAAGAACAACAGUGAACCAAUCAUGGAGCAAGCAAGGAAACAGUGGAUGGCGAUUGGUCUAACCUGCCCGGGGCGCUACCAAAAGGAACACUACAGGAAGUCCACUCUACAGAGAGGACCAUUCAGGUCACAGAGGAUAGCCUAAUAAAGAACCCCUACAUAAUGUGCGUUGGUGUUUUGAAUAUGGGUCAUAACAUUCUGUCUGUAGUGUAUCAGUAAAUGACAUGACGUCUAUGGUUUAUUAUUGUCUUUGACUCAGACUGUGAAAGGGACUGUGGUAAUAUAAUACAGGCUUGAUGUUAUUAUUAUGAAUAGGAUUGCCCCAUUGGGCUGUGGGUCAGGACAUGGUAUACGAAUCCAAGUUCCUUUCCCAGAAUCUUCCAGGGGAAACCUACCUGGCUGCAUGACUCAGUGGUUCCUUCCUGUUCCUGUUCCCCUCUCUUAUCUGUCUCCCGUGGCAUUGUCCUCCUCACCUCACCAGACAAUGGUUCCUAUCCCCCUCUAGCCUGAUCGCCCCACAUCUAACAACCACGUGCAGAGUUAGUAACACUUCUCAUGAAUGGCUUCUUAAUAAUGCAUUAUAAGCACAUGUAUAAUGCCUUAUGAGCUAUGUAUAAUGCACUUUAAUGCGUAGAGAUUCAAUUGAUAUUCAUGAGCACCUAUUAUGCGCUUAUUAUACAUUAUGAAGAGCGCAUUCAUAGGAAGUGUUAUCAAAUUAGCCCGAGUGCCAGUCUUGUUUAAGCCAUCAUGUCAACUCCUUGCCACUCAAUGUCUUGUCAAACAUGCUUAGCAUGACAAUGAGUGACAAGGAGUUGGCAUGGUAGCACAAGCAGAUCUGGGACCAGGCUAUUACAGAGAUGGCGGUACAGCACAAACAGUAGAGAUGUGUAACUCCCCACUGUCUCCCUCCGGUGUGCAUUCUUCUGACCUUCUGUCUUGUACAUAAACAACACUGUUGCUGUACUUUUAUCUGUUCCUUGAAUUUCUUGCUUGAUUUGAUUGUUUUAGUUUUUCUCAUGGAUUUAUUUUACGGAUACUUGAUUUUAUUUGUAUGAAAUAAUGUGUCCUUUCUGAAGUACUGUAUGUAUAUUUAUUUAUCAGGUAAUUUAUUGACAUUAUAUUAUUGACAUCUUUUGACUUCAGGGGUGCAGCCUCAUAAAAAUGUAGGCCGGUGAUAUUCCAUGCUUCUUAUUCAAAGUAUAAUUAUUAAUACUAUUAUUAUUAUUAUUAUUAUUAAAGCAUGUGUUUUUAUGGGCCUAUAUAUGAUAAACAAAGUGAU